AUGAGUACGACGAGAACUAGAAAACUAAGUGAACUUCGUGUUAUUGAUUUACAACGUGAAUUAAAAUCUUACGAUAUUUUAUUUGAUAAAAAAGAAUUAAAAGUUUCGUUAGUAGAGAAACUGAGACAAGCUUUGAUAAGUCAUCAUCAAGAUCCAGAAACAUUUUUAUUUGAAAUGCCCACUGAAUCAAAAGUUUCACCAGACGACUAUAGUAAGCUGAGCGACGAGAGUGUUAUACAAGACACAAACAGUGUUGAUACAAUAACAUCAGAAGCAACGAAUGAGAAUGAUAAAAUGGAAACGGACGGUGCAAGCAACACGGCGGGUAUGAUGUCCCAACAGCAACAACAACAGGACAAUUCUGUCGGUGAAGUAAUUUCAAAGACGGAAACACUCGUCACAACGAAUAGUGCGUUAGUACCAUUGCUUGAAGAAGAUGAUGACAAUAAUUUAAGGGGAAAAAUGGACACAAUUGAUUUAACACAAAUUGUUGAAGAAAAAAAUAAAAUGAUGAAUGAAUGUAAAAAUAUUUUUGCAACAAUUGUGACAGCUGCUGAUGAUAGUGGUGAAAAUAUUUCUUCACAAGUCCAAGAUACAACAAGCACUACUAAAGAAGAGAAAGAUAA